UCUAUCAUUCGACUAACAUAUAUACUUUGGCUUACCUUUCUAAAUCUGUCUCCGGAGGGAGCUUUCAAUCUCCAUUAAUGGCGUGCAGGUUUCAUGUGCUCUCAGGGCUCGCCAUUCUUGGCCUUCUGGUGUCUGCUUGCAAGGCUGCUACAUACACCGUCGGUGACUUGGCCGGGUGGGACAUUAGUGCAGAUCUCUAUUCAUGGCCGGCGACGAAGCUUUUCUACAUUGGUGAUGUUUUAUUGUUCCAAUAUUCCCCUUACCACGACGUCAACCAAGUAGACAGAAAUGGCUUCAGCAACUGCAACGCUUCAAACGCUAUGCUAAAGAGCACUGAUGGCAACACUUACGUUCCUCUCAACGCCACCGGAGACAAGUACUUCAUCUGUAGUGUUCUCUCUCACUGUUUAGGAGGAAUGAAGCUUCAAGUCCACGUUUUGACUAAUGUUACCGCAGCCAUAAUUCCGUCACCGCCGUCACCGCCGACGUCUCCGCCGGAGUUCUCUAAGGCGACUCCUUAA